AUGCGUUUCGCUGUUGUCGCCUCUGCUCUCUUCGCCGGCCUUGCCGCUGCUGCCCCCGCCGUCACCCAGACUGUUCACGCCACUGAGAUCGAGACCAUCACAUCCUGCGGUCCUGAGGUUACCAACUGCCCUGCCCGUUCUGCUUCCACCGUCGCUGUCGUUGUUCCCACCUCGGCCCCUGUUGUUGCCGCUGUCCAGAACACCACCGCUCCUGCACAGGGUCCCUCCACUGUUGUCCUCUACUCCACCAAGCAGGUUACCAUCACCUCUUGCGGCCCCGAGGUCACCAACUGCCCUGCUCGCAGCACUGUCAUUUCUCAGUCCCUGAUCAGCGUUGGCCACACCAUUGUCUCCUCCAUGCCCGUUGUCCCCACCUCUGCUCCCUUCCAGAUGGUCAACUCUACCCUCCCCGUCGGUCCCCAAGGCACUGCUGCCUCCACCGGCUUCGGUGCCUCUGCCACUCAGUCCAUGCCCUCCUCAUACACCGGUGCCGCCGGCAAGCUCAACGCCGGUAUGGCUCUUGCCGGUGUUGCUGGUUUCGCUGCUCUCCUCAUCUAA